AUGCCUAAACGACCAAAAAUUGUCUCCGUAUACAAUGACAUUGAUAAAGAAAACACUCAGCAUGCUGUCCUCCCAAUUGUUACUCGAGACGAGGCAUCUCAUAGAAGAAAAUUAAGAAAAUUAUACUUGGAUAAUAAGAAAUCAAAUGUGGGAACUACAUCGUCAUCCCUCAAUAUUGAUUCCACUAAUAUCAAUUCCACUUCCACUCCGUGUGUUACAUCUGAUAACAUAGUCAACAGAAUUGGUUUUCACAAUUUUGAAUCCACUCCUGAGGUGACUAAUAAUGUUAAUCCAAGUCCUUCAAGUAUUGUAACAAGUAACAUUAUUUGUAGUACUAGCAAUCGUACAACGAGAAAAAACGAUAUUGGGAAUAAUAUUUCAACUGGCAUCACAUCAACCACCUGCACAUCAUCAUUGAACCGUAAUUUGCAAAGGCUAUCAUCUGGGAAACGUAAGUUGGUAUCCAAAGCACGUAUUUCGUCUCCUAUACCAAUGAUCGACUUGACCACAGACGAAACCGUAGAACGAGAUCCUUAUAAAGGUGUUUCUACAGUUUGUUAUGCAAAGUUAUGGGACGCAGAGAAAGGAAGCGGAAGAAAAGAGGGUGGCAAAAUAUGUCAUAUGUUAUGUUGUGGUUAUGCCAAAGUUGUCUUACCGGAUUACAAAACCGCGACACCUUAUUAUAAAAGUCUAUUCAUGUCCAAUGACAAUGAAAGCAAGCACUUUUUGAAGAACAUUCGACGUUACAAUUCUAUGUUCGCGUUUACCUCAAUGGGUGGUAAGGUUGACCAAACCCUGAAUACUGGUAAUGCUCCUUUUUGCUACAGAAUUAGUGGUGAAAAUUACCAUUCUAUUGGUAGUCUUGUGCCACCAAACGGAGGGAAGCCUAAAUUUUGUCAGUUAUACAUAUACGAUACUGAAAAUGAGUUGGCAAACAGGUCUUCAGACAAUGCUUCCUCAUCAUCCACUUCAGAUGAAACUGAUAAUAAGCUGAUACAACAAAUCAAAGCAAUGUUUGAUGCCGAAAAUGUGCUUGUGAAAAUUUAUAGGAUGGUUAGAGAUUGCUUCCAACAAAAUCCUAAUACCACUUUAAAGCUUCGCCUAAUUGGCAAAAGAGAACAAUAUGGUCGGACUUAUAACUUACCUACUUCCUCAGAGGUUGCUGCUCUUAUUGUUGGAGAUAUCGAUAACGCACUUGAGAAAAGAGAUAUCGUUGUCGAGACACAAACAGGUUCAUUAAAAAGAAUAAGUGAAUUGCAUCCUUCCUAUCUUGCACUUCAGUAUCCUAUUUUGUUCCCAUAUGGAGACGACGGUUACAGAAUUGACAUACCACAUAGGGGUGUCAUUGAUGUUACUAACAAGAAACGUCCGAAUUGUACAAUGAGAGAGUUUUUUGCGUAUCGUGUACAAGAUCGUAGUAACCAGUUUUCAUUGAUUCUAAAUUCUCGACGGUUAUUCCAACAGUUUUUGGUUGAUGCUUAUACGAUGAUUGAGAGCGAGCGACUUAACUUUAUAAGAUUUCAGCAACAAGAUCUCAGGUCUGAUACAUAUGAGAAUAUCCGGAAACUAAGAUAUAACGGCCAACAAGAUUUGUCUAAGGUUGGAAAACGUAUUUUCCUUCCAUCUUCCUUUACAGGCGGGUCACGAUAUAUGAUGCAAAACUAUCUUGACGCAAUGGCAAUUUGUAAAUGGCCUGAUAUUUUAUCUCGAAUUUUUAAAAUAAAGCUGGAUUCAAUUUGUAAAGAUUUGAAAGACCGUGAUUUGUUUGGAAAAGCUUAUGCUGUUGUUUACACUAUUGAGUUUCAGAAGCGAGGAUUGCCUCAUACGCAUAUGUGCUUAUUCAUGGAGAAUGAUUACAAACUUCCAACUGUAGACCAUGUUGAUCAGUUUAUUUCUGCAGAAAUCCCUGAUUUAAACCAAGACCCGGAACUAUAUACGCUUGUGAAAGACCAUAUGAUUCACGGUCCAUGUGGUAAUGCUAGAAUGAGCUCUCCAUGUAUGGUUGAUAGAAAAUGUUCAAAAGGUUUUCCCAAGAAAUUUCAAGAUCACUCAACCUUGGAUUCUAACGGAUUUCCCUUAUACAGAAGAAGAGAUGACGGUUCCUUCGUUUUAAAAAAUAAAAUUGAGUUAGACAACAGAAGUGUUGUACCUUAUAACAAAAAGUUGUUGAAAAGAUAUCAGGCGCAUAUAAACGUUGAAUGGUGCAACCAAGCGGCGUCAAUAAAGUAUUUGUUCAAGUAUAUUAAUAAAGGUCCUGAUAGAGCAACAGUUGCUGUGGUUCCGAGCAAUAAUGAAAACGAGCAAGCAGAAAAUGAUGAAAUUAAAGAGUAUUAUGACUGUAGGUAUAUAUCUGCGUGUGAAGCCUCUUGGAGGAUUUUUUCUAAUGAAGUUAAUUAUAGGAGUCCUUCUGUUAUGCGUCUUCCUUUCCAUCUUCCUGGACAACAAACAGUUUGUUUCGGUCCUGAUGAAGAUAUUAAUCAAGUGCUAAACAAACCAUCUGUGAACUCAUCAAUGUUUUUAGCUUGGAUGCAACGUAAUCAAGAUCCUAACGACCAUGUUGCACGUACACUAACAUAUGUACAGUUUCCGCGUUUUUAUGUGUGGAAGCUUGACAAGCGUAUAUGGGUUCCGAGAAUAAAAGGAAAAACAAUUGGAAGAAAUCAUUCUGUUUCUCCUUCUACCGGUGAAGCGUACUAUUUAAGAAUUCUUCUUAACAAAGUUAAAGGACCAACAUCGUUUGAUGAUAUUAAAACAGUUAAUGGUCGAGUGUACGAUACUUUUAGAGAUGUUUGCUAUGCGCUUGGUUUGUUGGAUGACGACUCGGAGUACAUUGAGGCCAUCAAAGAAGCAAAUAUAUCAGGUAGUGCAGGUUAUAUUCGCAAUUUAUUCGCCACCAUGUUACUGUCAAGCACAUUAUCUAGACCUGAAGUUGUCUGGGAAAGCACAUGGAAGUAUAUGACAGAUGAUUUUCUGUACAAAUUCUCAAAGUAUCAUCGUGUUUCAGGUUUAUCAAUUCCUGAUGAGCAACUAAAGAACUAUGUUUUAUGCGAAAUCGAGAAGUUUUUAACUCGGAAUAAUUCAUCGCUUCGGAGAUUUUUAUCAAUGCCUUACCCGGAUACUUCAUCUUUAGAUAACUUUCGCUGCCGAUUGAUUAACGAAGAGCUUGCUUAUGACAGAACAGAGUUACAAAAUGUUUAUCAAGGUCAGGUGAAUUUGUUAACGGAUGAACAACGUGCAGUAUAUGAAGAAAUUAUGAACGCAGUUCAUGGAGACAAUGGAGGAGUAUUUUUUGUUUACGGUUAUGGCGGGACCGGUAAAACAUUUUUAUGGAAAACAUUGUCUGCUGCAAUUAGGUCAAAAGGUGAGAUUGUAUUAAACGUUGCAUCUAGCGGAAUUGCAUCAUUGCUGUUGGAGGGAGGAAGAACGGCUCAUUCUAGGUUUCAUAUACCUUUGAAUCUUAAUGAGGAUUCCGUUUGUCAUAUAAAACCAGACGAUGAUGUAGCUAAAUUACUACAGCAGACCAAACUCAUUAUAUGGGAUGAAGCUCCUAUGGUUCAUAAACAUGCAUUUGAGGCUUUGGAUAGAACUAUGCAUGACAUUUUCAAUAUAUCUAAUCCAUCCAGGUCUGAUGUUUUAUUUGGAGGAAAGGUAAUUGUAUUUGGUGGUGAUUUUAGGCAAAUACUACCUGUUGUUCCAAACGGUGGACGUCAAGAAAUUGUGAAUGCCUCAUUAUGUUCUUCUUAUUUGUGGAGUAAGUGUAAGUUGUUGACGUUAUCUAGAAACAUGAGGUUAACUGUUGGAAGACCAUCAUCUGAAGUUGAAGAGAUCAGUAAUUUUGCAAAAUGGUUGUUGGACGUUGGUGAGGGAAAUGUUGGUGGUUCCAAUGAUGGAGAAGCAAUAAUUGAAAUACCACCUGAGCUUUUAAUUGAUAGCAUAUCUGAUCCAAUUUCUAGCCUGAUUGAUUUUGUUUAUCCGUCAAUUUUGGAGAAUUACAAUGAUCGUAAUUACUUUAGUACAAGAGCUAUACUUGCGCCUAAGAAUGAGGUUGUUCACGAGAUUAACGACAGACUGUUGGCAGUAUUCCCUGGUGAAGAAAAAGAGUAUCUUAGUUCUGACAGUCUAUGCCCUACUGAAGAUGGCAAUGUUGAUCAGCAAAAAAUAUACUCCCCUGACGUGCUCAAUGGUCUCAAAGUGUCUGGUUUACCAAAUCAUAGGUUAGUGCUUAAAGUUGGUGUUCCAGUAAUGUUGUUGCGAAAUAUUGACCAACGAAAUGGUUUGUGUAACGGUACAAGGUUAAAGGUCACAAAACUUUACAGUCGUGUUAUUGAAGCUGAGAUAAUUUCUGGUGGUAAUAUUGGUUCUCGGACAUUCAUACCUAGAAUGAAUUUGGUACCUUCGGACCGAAAGAUUCCUUUUGCAUUUCAAAGGAGGCAAUUUCCAAUAACUGUAUGUUUUGCAAUGACGAUUAACAAAAGCCAGGGACAGUCGCUAUCUAAGGUUGGGUUGUACCUAAGACAACCAGUUUUCACACAUGGUCAAUUGUACGUAGCUUUAUCCAGGGUUACAAGACGAGAUGGAAUCAAGUUACUAAUACUUGACAAUGAUGGCAGGCCUACAAAUAAAAUAACCAAUGUUGUAUAUAAAGAGAUAUUCAAUGGAUUGUGA